AUGCAAGCAGAAGCUUUUGCAUAUCUCUGGAGUAUUGCACAUAAUAACCCAGAAUCAAGCGUUAUUGAGAUGGUGGAUAUCCAAGAUGAGACUCCUUUAGAGAAGAUUUGGUAUCGCGGUCUCAUGCCCGACGUGAACAAGUCACUAGUCCUCAAUCCCCAUGUAUUCCUUCUCUGGCUCCGCAAAAAUAUUGAAGAUAGCGGCGUCAAGUUCGUCAGAAGAGAAAUAAACUCUCUUUCCGAACUACGAGAUGAAGGUCAUGACGUCCUCGUCAAUGCCACGGGCUUCGGCUCCAAAUUUUUGCACGACGUCGCAGACAAUGAUGUUCAGUUGAUCCGCGGCCAGACUCAUUUGGUAAAGACCGAUCACAACAAGAUCUUCAUGCGUCAUGGGCAGGACUAUACGUAUAUUAUCCCGCGACUCGACGGAACUGCGAUAUUGGGAGGAAUCAAGCAGGUUGGCGAAACCUAUACACACGUCGACGAGGAAAUUAAGAAAGAUGUAAGAUCUGCUUCCCAGAUCCUGGCGCGAAUGCAAAUGACUACGAAAUCAUCCGUGAUAACGUUAAUUCGCCCCGGGAGACCUUCCGGCGUACGGGUAGAAUUUGAGCAAUUGGGUGAUCAGAAGGUUGUGCAUGCAUAUGGAACGGGUGGUGGUGGUUAUGUAUUUCAGCUUCGGCGUGGCAAAGGCUGCUGUGAACUUGGUUGA